UUUCCUUUGCUAAUUAUAUAUGAGGCACUUGGUGAUCAUGGCAAUUGUGUUUGGCUUAAUAAGCCGAGUUCUUGGGGACAUAUGCACAGCUGCUUCUUAUGGUCCUCCAUAUAUGCCUACAAGGUGCAACGGAAAUCAACAAGAGCAGUUCCCUCCGGGAAAUCUUUUUGUGGCAGUGAGUGAGGGAUUGUGGGAUAAUGGUGCUGCUUGUGGGAGGCGUUAUAGGCUGAGGUGCUUAAGUGGAAAUAACAAACCAUGUAAGGACGGUACCAUUGAUGUUAAGGUGGUGGAUUACUGCCCACAAUCGCCGUGCCCUUCUACCCUCCUCAUGUCGAGUAAUGCUUUUGCAGCCAUCUCACACUCUCCGAAAGCAAAAAUUAAUGUCGAAUAUAUCCAGAUAUAACAUUUUUAUGGACCAAAACUCCUCUGCGUUUCAUAUCGUUAGAAUGAUUGAAUCAACAUAUAGUUUGCUCGAAAUUCUGAAAGGAGUAUAUGUGUGGAAUUAAUGUAACUUCGGAUGUUAGAGAAUGAUUGUUGCUUGAUUGUGUUGUUAACCGUCUAUAUCAAUGUUAUGAAUUUAAUAUUGUGAUUUAA